AUGAACGCGUCCGACCCGUUCGUGAUCACCUCCCGCGAGAGGCUCAAGUACGACGAACAGUUCAAGUCCCUGCAGCCGGUUAACGGUGUGGUGACGGGUGGCCAGGCUAAAGGAUUCUUCCUGCAAAGCCAGCUACCCCCACCGAUACUCGGCCAAAUAUGGGCUCUUGCCGAUACAGACGCUGACGGUCGCAUGACACUCGGUGAAUUCAGCAUCGCCUGCAAACUGAUCAACCUGAAACUGCGCGGAUUCGAAGUUCCAAAAACGCUACCACCAACACUCAUCGCAUCGCUCACUGCCGUCGGUGGAACACCCAUCCUCACGCCAACAUCCGGUUUGAGCCCGCUUGAUCCUCUAAAAUCCCUAUCCGGCUCAAUUGGGGCCGCAGCCCCACUCAUCGAUCCAAUGGUGGCUGGUGUUGCACCCGUCGUUGCGGCCAGCACCGUUCCGGGACCUCCAACGCCGCCCCAUUCCGGUGGUGGAACUCCCGCCCGUUCUAUGUCCAUCUCGGAACGAGCUCCUUCCAUCGAAUCACCGGGACAAAUUGAGUGGGCGAUCAAGGGUCCGGCUAAGCUAAAGUACACGCAGCUGUUCAACACAACUGAUCGCAACCGAAGCGGGUUCCUAACCGGUCCGCAGGCGCGCAACAUCAUGGUACAGACCAAACUACCCCAGGCACAGCUCGCACAGAUUUGGGCUCUUGCCGACAUGGACACGGACGGGCGACUAGGCUGCGAGGAGUUUGUGUUGGCCAUGUAUCUGUGCGAUAUGGCGGCGGCUGGCGAAAAGGUUCCAACUACGCUGCCACCGGACCUGGUUCCGCCUUCCUUCCGAAAGGCUUCGUCACGCCACGGAUCCGUGGUAGGUUCGAGGCACGGUUCCGUUUCAUCGCAAGGAGCCCCGGUAAAUGUCGCCGCAGUUGAGCUGGAUCCUUUGUCUGGAUUGCCACAAACAUCGUUCGAAGACAAACGGAAGGAAAAUUUCGACAAGGGACAAGCAGAGCUAGAAAGGCGACGAAAAGCGCUGAUGGAUAUCCAGAAGAAGGAACAGGAGGAGCGCGAACGCAAAGAGCGUGAGGAGCAGGAAAAAAUCCGCAAGGCUAAACUGGAGGCGGAACUCAAAAAGCAACAGGAACUAGAGAAGGAGCAGCAGCGUCAGCGUGAGCUUGAGCAGGAACGCGAAGAACAGCGCAAACGAGAGCUCGAGAAAAAGGAACUUGCACGAAAGGAACUGGAGAAGCAGCGCCAGCUCGAGUGGGAAACUCAAAAGAUAGCCGAAAUGCAACAGCACAGGCAGCGUGAGCAAGAGAACGUGCUCAAGCUUAAAGCCCAAAACCAAUCGCUCAGCGUGGAACUGAGCACGUUCAACGAGCGCAUCAAGGAACUGUCGCAAAAGAUCUGCGAUACGCGCGUCGGUGUUACGAACGUGAAGAGCACGAUUGAUGGCAUGCGCACUACGCGUGACACGCAAAUGGCGGAAAUGACACAGCUGAAGGCGAAGGUGAAGGAACAGAACCAACGGCUAGUGCAACUGAGCCAAGAGAAGGCGAAGCUGGACGCGAAGAACAAGGCGGGCGAGACGGAAAGUCAGCUGCAGUUCACCAACAAACAGAUCGUUAUACAGCAACUAAAAGACAAGCUGGAAAAUACUAAGCAACAGAUCGACCACAAAUCGACUGACAUCAACUUGAACCGAGAGCAACUGACCGAGCUGAAGUCUCAGCUAACAGACUUGAUCGAUGCGUGCGAGCAGUUGUACGGUGAAUACGAUAUGCAACGAAUUCAGAUCCUGGAAAUGAAGAAUAACCGCAAAAACGAAUCGUACACUAGCGCCUGGGAUACGGCGAACUCGUGGGGUGCUCCGGAUGUGGCAACGCAAGAGACGGUUAACCAAGCCGCGGCGGUGGUGACCUCCACCGGCGAAGAUGUGCAGACGCCUCCGGGUUACGUGAAGUACCGGGCAAUCUACGAAUUCAGCGCGAGAAACGGAGAUGAAAUAUCCUUCCAGCCGGGUGAUAUCGUGAUGGUGCCGCUAGAGCAAAACGCAGAACCGGGUUGGUUGGCGGGUGAAAUUAACGGCCAUACCGGUUGGUUCCCGGAAACGUUCGUCGAAAAGGUGGACACCAACCUGAACGUUGUCGAAGCAGUCCCGGAAACGAUAGCGUACAGCGAACCGGCAACAGAUUAUACCACCACCGCUCCCGUCGAUGAUUAUGUUGCACCGGUGGACGAAAACAUAGACAGCAAUGUUAACUGUUGCUAAUGUGUCGUUUCUUUCUCCAGGGCUACUUGCAAUGGGGACGUGGAGUACUACGUGGCUUGCUACGCGUACCAAUCAGCGGAAGCUGGUGAUCUCGUGUUCGAUGCCGGUGAAACUAUCGCCGUUUCCAAGAAGGAGGGUGACUGGUGGACAGGCACAAUCGGAAACCGCACGGGCAUUUUCCCAUCAAACUACGUUCAGAAGCAGGAAGGAGGUGUAAGUGGACAGAUUGCUUGUAGCGAAAUGUCGCUGUUUCAUUAAUUUCCUUUAUAACUGUUACUCCAGGAGCCGAUGAAUGGAAACCAGACCGCAUACAACGAGCAAACGACGCAUCAGGAGCAGAACCAGACGUACGAGCACGACGCAAAGCGGAAGCAAUCGACCACGGCCGGCAGCAAUACUCAGGACGCGGAAGAUGCUCGAAACCAGGCCGAGGCGGACUCGGAGGUAUCCCAGAUCAAUACUCAGCCGCCGGCGGGCGCUGCCGCUAACGAGGAAAACAUCCGUUACUCUUCAAUGUCUAUGACAUCGGCCACACCCAGCCUCCGGCGGAAGGGCGAAGUAGCACAGGUGAUCGCACCGUACGAGGCGACCAGCUCCGAACAGCUAUCACUCACGCGUGGCCAGCUGAUAAUGAUCAGAAAGAAGACCGAUUCCGGCUGGUGGGAGGGUGAACUACAGGCCAAGGGACGACGCCGUCAGAUCGGAUGGUUCCCGGCGACGUACGUGAAGAUUCUGCAAGGUGGACGAAACAGCGGCCGCAACACGCCGGUUUCGGCAAGCAAGGUUGAGCUGACGGAAACGAUUCUCGACAAAGUCAUCGCACUGUACCCGUACAAAGCACUGAACGAUGACGAGCUGUCCUUCGAGAAGGACGAUAUCAUUAGCGUGCUGGGUCGGGAUGAGCCGGAGUGGUGGCGUGGCGAACUGAACGGCACCACCGGUCUGUUUCCGAGCAACUACGUCGGCCCGUUCGUGUCGUCCGGUAAGAAGGGAAAAUCUCCCGCUACUAGUUAACGGCACACCAUCAUAUCCACCACCACAUCACUCUCGUACACUCGUAGAGCGUGUAGCGUUGCUUUCCUAGCCGAUUAGUGUCACGUUUCCUUGCGUUCGUUUAUUGUAAACUUCAUCAGCAAUCAUUCCGCUCGUAGGCGCUGCGCUACGCUCGAAUAGAGUGUGAUCCUCAGUGUGGUGGACGUUGUACCGAUCGUGCCUGAUCGAUUUCCUCUGCGAAAAAACGCAUGAAACGUCGAUUGUGCUAGUUUAGUUAAGCGUCCUUAUGGUAAACCUGUACUGGCCUUUAUAUGUUACCCUAUUUCUCUCUAUCUUAUUAUCCUUCUUUUGAUGUGAUGUUCGGUUGUUUUAUAAUUUGCAUAUUGUACCAUACUAAGUGAUAUCUAUACCACUCUCAGCAAGGUGGUAAAAGCGAAAACGUGGAAAAACACGGCGAAUGAUAUAACAUGUGUAUCCUUUGCUCAAAACCCACACUCCUAC